AUGGCGGUGCCAGUUCAAUUCUCUGAUGGCGAUUUCAACCGAAUGCAGAACCAACUGCUUGAAUUAAGAGAAAUGCUAUAUAAGUCAGAUGAAAAAUGCAGGAAGCAAGAGAAAGAAUUAAAUGCAGUAAUUGAGGAGCAAAGAAAAUUAGAGAGAGACUUAACAAAAGCCAAUCAGGAUUAUGAGUUAGCACUGAACGAGAUUGACUCUCUUCGGAUGAAGCUGCGAUGCUAUGAAGAUGAUUUCCGGAUUCAGAACGAAGCUCUGAUGAAAGAGCUGGGAGAGCUUGUGACGACAAAUGAAACACUGGAGAAGGAGUUAACCCACUACAGAACGACUGCCAGCACCUCUGCCAGCCACAGCAGCACCACAAACAACAACAACGACGACAUCGUCGAUGACGUCAGCAUCGACGUCACAGCAACGUCAUCAUCACUAUCAGGAAUACUAGCUACGACGCCCGCAGCCUAUCAACAAAAACAACUGCUACUGCAAGAUGAAGUACGAAGACUACAAGCCCAGUGUAAUGUACUGUUGAAACCAGCAACAACAGCUAUGAUUACAACUGAAGAUGAUAUUUCAGUUGAUCUAGAAAUGAAACUGUCCAUAGAGAGAGAAGAAAAAUUUUUAUUAAAGAAACAAUUCUCAGAUUUGCAGGGCAAGUUUGUGGAGAGGAGUACUUCAUUGCAAGCUGAAGUGGACCGAUUGAACGAGAAGUUGAAAAAGAAACAAGAGAGUCUCUUACAGUUACAAGAAUCCAAAGAUCAUUUAUAUAACGAAAUGGACACAAAACUCCAAAACACGACCAAAGACCUCACCCUAUCGUUAUCUCAUCUUCGGACAUCGUACGAACAAAAAGUGAACAAACAGACGCAGGAAAUAGAACAACUGACCAAAGAUAUUAAAUCACUAAAGAUGAAAUUAACAGAAUGCGAAACCCAGAAACUGGAGUCAGUGGAGAAGCAGAGGGGGAUGGACGAGCAGAGAGAACAAAGAGUGAAAGAGAUCGUCAAUGACUGCCAACUCAAUGUUACGAAAUACAAACAGGCCAAUGACCAGUUGAGUGAGAGAUUGAGCGAAGUUAAGGAGGAAUUAAAACAAUGCACAGACAGCAACACUAAGUUGACGGAGGAUUUGAGCAAACUCCAAGCAGAUUUCACAAAGCAGUCUGACGUCUUAAAGCAAGUCACCGAGGUCGUUUAA